AUGCCGAAGAGUACGUAUGUGGUCUAUGGUACUGAAGCCUUUUCGGAAACCGGCUUGUUCGGGAGGCUGGAAGUCGUCGAGUCUGCCUGCGAGACGAUUCUUAAUGAUUCUCGAAAACAGCACGUAGACACGGCUCAGAAGGGAGAUCGGUCUGUAGUUCUUCAAGAGAGCGUUGUCGCCUUUCUUAAAGAACAAGACCACCGCACUUCUGCUCCACGCCUCCGGAGUAGUGCCACCAUGAAGGACGGAAUUGAAGAGCUUCUGAAGGACUUCAAGUACCGGUGUUCCACCCGCUUUCAGAAGCUCCGCUGUAAUUCCAUCCUCGCCUGGGGCCCUGACGUUUUUAAGUUGCUGGAGAGCCGUUCUAAUCUCGCUCAGACUGACGUCCGGGGUGUCAUCGGAAUAGUGUCGGAUAAGACUUGCUCUUGGAUCGUUACACUUGCGCGUGGCUCCAACGAUGAUGUGUACAGCUGCCCAUAG